AUGUAUCUGCUCUCGUGGAGCUCCUCGGCCCGGAAUGACAAGGUCGCAAAGGAGAAAGCAAACUUCAUGCCAGCGCAGGAACAGCAGUCGUCGAUGACUCAGAUACCGCCGUUGAAUAAGAUGAAGCGCAAGCGUUCGGAUGGUAGUCCAGCGUCGCCACUUCUGGAAUAUCCUUCACCAAAGAGAAGAACGGAGACCAUGAGCCAUGUUGAAAUACCGGCUACCGAGACACAAAAAGCUAUCCUACCUCGUCGAGAAGAUCAAGCUGAUACGGAAUCGGAUCCAGACCAGACGAACCAGGGCCACAUAUUGACCGAGAUGGAAUGGAAGCGUAUUAAUGGGAGCACCCAUCUCCAAAAUCGCCUGCCUGAAAUGCUCACCCAAAGGAACUUCGACCAUCACGACAGUGACACAAGUCGGCUUCCCAAAACGAUGACCGCUCCUGCGGCUCUUCGCGAGGCUAUCGAAGCACAGUUCAGUCUGGAAAUUCUUCUCAAACAUAGGGAAUUGCGCCUGAUUGAGCAGGAGUUCGCAAAGUGUCAGAUCGCGCUGGAGCAACUCCGUCGAUGUCAGAUCUUCCCAUAUCCAGCCUCGUCGUCCACGUUUGAAGGCAUGCAAGCAGCGAACACGGGCUCUGGCGCCGCAUAUGACAACCGGGCACCGUAUGCACCACCAUGGGGUGUUGCCAACGGACCUUAUACACGCCACUAUGAGCGUUGGUUAAUUCCUGACUCCGCUUUCGACGAUUCCGUCGCCGAUCACAAGCAAACGCCAACGUGUGGUGGAGAGUUUGUGCCAGAGCGAGCUACGAGGGGAUCGAAGGCGGAAAAAGGUAUCGUUGCUGGCAAGUCGCGUUCUCAACGUGGAUCCAACGGCGCACGACUCAAAGCUCUUCCGCACGGUUAUCCAGAGCCCAAAGAAGAGAAGGGCCCGAUGAUCGUCAAGCGCUCGUCCGAUGGGAAAAUGGUAAAGCUGGUCUGCUUAGAUUGUCGUCGCAGCAAUUUCAAUAGCGCUCAAGGCUUCAUCAAUCAUUGUCGCAUAGCACACUCACGCCAGUUCUUGAGUCACGAUGCUGCUAUUGAGGCGAGCGGUGAAGAGGUUGACAUGGACAUGGAAGGAGGUUUGGGAGAGUCAAGUGGCUCACAGGCUUCCGCUAGCGCGGGGCUAGUCCACCCACUGAUCAGAUCUGCCCUAGCUCGUACCACACCUGCCGAUUCUACAACAUCUUCCUCACGGCGCAAGAAGCCCCAGUCAGCUGCUACGCCAAAAGAUCAACUACCAAUGGCUUUCAGCAGCGCUCAAGCCAUGUCUACGCCUCGUCCGACGGGUUUCGGGAUGCCAAAACAGCCCGGGACUGAUCCUGUUCCAUUCAACCCUUCGCCCCAGACUCCUCAUCUAUCUGCUCUGUUCGCAAGAGUGGGUCGAGGUGGUAACUUGAACGACAUGGUCGCGCAAGCCAAGACGAGUCCUGAAAUUGACCUUUCGCUGUCAAGCGACGAGGAAGACGAGCGGGAGGAAGUGAGUCCCACAGAAAAGCCCGGUGGCCCCCAAAGCCGUAGCACUCGCGGUGUUGUGCAAGGCCGAUACCCACCUGCCCGCGCGACCAAAUCUCCUACACCCUUGGAGCGAUCACCCACCCAUCUAGGUGUCUCUAAUAGUUUGUUUAAGGCGGAUCUCCUACCCACCAUGAACGAGCACUACAGCUACCAAUCACCAUACCAUGGCCGUGACCAGCAACAAGACCACGGUAUGCCUAUUCACGGCAACGCAUCCCCCCUAAACCUUAGUCCGAACACGAUCGAGUCGCACACCGCGCCCAGCCUGGUUUCAGAUGACGGUGAUUAUGAAAACACGCAUUCCGAAUCCGAAACUCCAAGCUCAGGAGAAGCCGAUGACGACGAAGACCAUUAUAUACACGCCGAAGUGAUAGAUCACGAUGAAAUGGAUAUGGGAGAAGGCAGCUCUCACGACCAUCAUUUAAGUUUAGGAGGAAAACCACGCGGUCCCGCUGCCGGCAGACGCUCUUCGGCAUUGAGACAUCCGAGUGCAAUACGAGAUGAGGCAGGAGAGGAUAGGCAUGUCAGUUUUGCAAGCCCCGUGAGACGGCUGAGGAAAGGUUCCAGGGCGAAGGAUGAUGUGUGA